CACUCCCCGUCUUUCAGUACCUACUUUUCUCCCUCCUCUCCCCUCAUAAUGUUUCCUCCCAUCAUCCCUCUACCUCCUUAUUUCUGUCAGGGCUGUUAGAUACCCUUCCAGUCUGGUAUCUCCUCCUCCAGCCCCCUAUGGCUCCCAAGUGAUCACUAAAUAAAACUUGUGAUCUGACCUCAGCCUACCCCUGCAGGAUUGCUGCAACAAAAUAGAUUACUCCCAGAGGCGUGAUCACGGUUCGGUUCACUGCAGCCCAAACUUCCCGGGCUCUAGCGAUCCCGAACCUCCCACCUCAGCCUCCUGAGUAGCUGGGACUCCAGAGGUGCACCACCACGCCAGGCUCAUUUUGUUUAUUUUUUGUAGCGACAAGCUAGUCUCCAACUUGUGGGCUCAGAGUGUUAGGAUUACAGGCGUGAGCCACUGCGCCUGGCUCAAUGGACUUCUUAAAUGUGAGUUCUCCGCACACACUGGGCCUUGCUCACCUCCACGAUUUAACCUCGCAGGUUAAAUCCCUUUUCAGGGUUUUUAUUCGUCCUUCAGCGAAGCGCUGUCAACGCCUCCCUACGUCUUUCCCGGUUAGAGUACCAGAAGGCGCUCCUCCGAUCCAAAGAGGAAGCGACUUGGGCCAACCUAUCCGGGUUGUCCCACCCCUUUUUCCUUCCGGGCCAAUCGUUAGUUAGAGUGGGCGGAGCCGUGCGCCAGCACCUGCGCAUUAAGAGUGGGCCGCGUCGCCACCAGCAGCGAUGGGGGCUCCGGGGAAGAAGUGGCGGCCGGUGGGUACCGAGCUGCUACUGCUGUUGCUCCUCCUCGGAGCGACCGAGUCGGUGCGUCGGGCCCAGCCUCUGCGCCGCUACACCCCGGACUGGCCGAGCCUGGAUUCUAGGCCACUGCCGUCCUGGUUCGACGAAGCCAAGUUCGGGGUGUUCAUCCACUGGGGCGUGUUCUCGGUGCCCGCCUGGGGCAGCGAGUGGUUCUGGUGGAACUGGCAGGGCGCGGGGCGGCCGCAGUACCAGCGCUUCAUGCGUGACAACUACCCCCCCGGCUUCAGCUAUGCCGACUUCGGGCCGCAGUUCACCGCGCGCUUCUUCCACCCGGAGGAGUGGGCCGACCUCUUCCAGGCCGCGGGCGCCAAGUAUGUAGUUUUGACGACAAAGCAUCAUGAAGGCUUCACAAACUGGCCGAGUCCUGUGUCUUGGAACUGGAACUCCAAGGAUGUGGGGCCUCAUCGGGAUUUGGUUGGUGAAUUGGGAACAGCUCUCCGGAAGAGGAACAUCCGCUAUGGACUAUACCACUCACUCUUAGAGUGGUUCCAUCCACUCUAUCUAUUUGAUAAGAAAAAUGGCUUCAAAACACAGUAUUUUGUCAGUGCAAAAACAAUGCCAGAGCUGUACGACCUUGUUAACAGAUAUAAACCUGAUCUGAUCUGGUCUGAUGGGGAAUGGGAAUGUCCUGAUACUUACUGGAACUCCACAAAUUUUCUUUCCUGGCUCUACAAUGAUAGCCCCGUCAAGGAUGAGGUGGUAGUAAAUGACCGAUGGGGUCAGAACUGUUCCUGUCACCAUGGAGGAUACUAUAACUGUGAAGAUAAAUUCAAGCCACAGAGCUUGCCAGAUCACAAGUGGGAAAUGUGCACCAGCAUUGACAAGUUUUCCUGGGGCUAUCGUCGUGACAUGGCAAUAUCUGAUGUUACAGAAGAAUCUGAAAUCAUUUCGGUAACAGCACCUUUGAGUUUUUUGUUUUUUUAAUGAAAUGGGGUCUUA